UAGUGAGCAUGAAUGGAUUGCAAUGUCUGCUGUGUUUAGAGUAUGAUCAAAUGUCACACACCAAUAGUGCUGCAAUUGUGCAAGAGGUCAUUUGAAGGGACCCACAAGCAGUGUUGGGUCACAUUUUGCCAUAUAUUGCUUUCUAAUGAUUGAAUUGUAUAAGAAGUUGGGGCGGGGCUGUAAGAUGAGCCCUGCUACCCCAGGAAGAAAGGUUGCUGAACCUCAACAGGUACGUAGUACAUACCCCAGAAUUCAUACAGCAUGGAAACCAUGAGAAGGAAGAUACGAUUAAAGCAGCCUGAAGGAAUCUGAAGUCUAAGGACAUAAAUACUGUGGGAAGGACAGUUUUGGGAGUGCAUCGUGGGCUGCCCAAAAUGGUCAGGCGUUCUAAUCAUGGGGAAAACCUCUUCUGUGGGUUGAUUAGAAGGAUGAUAAUCUGUUAAUAUUCUGCUAAAUUAUUAGAAUUUGACCAAUUCGCCUAAUUUCUGCAUUUGUAUAGAUGUGUAUUGGCUCCCAGGAUGCUAGAGAUUGCCAGUUUACCAAAUAGCCCUGCGUAUUCCGCUAUCCUGGAAAUCUGAGAAAUACACAUUUGAAUUAACCCCUGGAAACAAGUUUCAAAAAAACCUGACCUCCCACUGGUUUUGUAUCUGAGAUGGUACCUUUCCUGCCCUUGCUGUGAUGAUAUUUUUUGAAAGCUUGUCACUUGCUGAGAGCUGAAAAUGUGCCCAGGAACCCGAGGACCCCGCACAGCUAGGAGCUGUGAUUGUAUCUAUUUGUUUCUGGAUAAUAACCACUGAGGUAGCACCAAUAUAUGCCUCCAUGUGAUGAAAGGAAAAGCUGUUGCUGGAGGGAGGGAAGGGAAAGAUUCUUAUUCCAUUUUGAUUUCACAUGGCCAUUUCUGGGGAUGGAGAGGGAAAAUAUUGUUCAUAUUUCAUCAAUUUUUGAUGGAGAAAUUAUAAACAGUCUAUCAGAAUGAUAAAAUACAAAAUGAGAAAGCAAAGAACAACACAAUUGAAUUAUAUUACUGAAAAGAGCAAUACAUUUUCUUAAACUACCAUUUUUGAAAAAAGUCAUAAUGCCUUUUCUGGUGAACCGAGUUAUUCAUUCCUUGGCUCCAUCCUGCUUACAGGACUCCAACAUGCUUUGGUCGGGAUGAAGCAUGUACAGAAGCCAUGACUGGUGCAGAUUCCAGCAGCUAGGAUGCUAAUAGGGCUAUAGUAUUGCGACCACCUUAGCCCUGACUUGAGAGGCCUGCACUGAUUGCCCCUUGCUUUCAAUCAAAGCUGCCGGUUUUAAGCUCUAAAGCCCUAAACAGCUUAGGACAUGACUACCUAAGGGACUGUCUGCCUCAUUAUGAACUGGUCCAGUUAUUAUAAUCUGGACAGGCCUUCUUGAGGACACCAUUGCCCAUAGAAGGGCAUUGGGGGGUACCCUUGAAAAGGCUUUUCUCCUGGGUCACUUGCACACUUGGGAAUUUAAUAGAUAUUGUUGUUUUUAAAAGAACUUUCUUCCCCCAACUCCCCUGCUGCAACCUUCUUCUUCCUCUACUGAUUUUAAAAAUAUAUUGUUAUAAUCUUGUCAAUUGUAUUUGCUGCCUGUUUUCGACUUGAACAAGUAAAACUGACAAGGCUCUUGUUUGGUCAGGAAAACACUACCCUUCUUCCCCAUUUAUGGCUCAUCUUUUAAAAAUUAGAUGAGGGACUGAAGGAGGAUCAACUCAAAGCAAAGAGGUGGCUGAGGCUCUGCUUUGUCGAAUUGUGUGUAUAAAGCUGAACUUUCCAAAUUGCCUGUAGAAUAAUCAGGAGAAAAAUAAGCAAGGGAAGGAUGCGAGACUGGAUAGAAAUCUGACGCUACUGCAAUCAUGCAACAAACUGAGAAAAACCUAGGUGAAUGUAAGCGUGCAUCCAUGUUUAUAAAUAGCAUGGAGUGCUUUGCUAGGGUGGCCGGUCUGUCUUCUGUUAUGAAGGGCAGAGACAUCCUGUUUGAAGGGCUGUCAAGUCUAAGUCUUUAAACAGGAAGAGCCAUGAGAACGAACACUUAGCACUAGCACAGGCAACCAGGGACUCUGGUGACAUCCUUAUUAGCUAUAGUGAAAUGUAUUAUUUCUCAGUUUGCUGGUAAUAGUUUACACAUUCCAAUUAUAUACAAGCUGGUUUUCUCUUUUAUCCUGUUUUGAGGUAGUGGAGGAUGCAUUUUCUCCUCUUUGGAUGUAUAUAUGUGGUUGUCCUACUAUCUGCUGGUGAAAGCAAGUUUAUGGAAAGAAUCCUGAAUCUAUGACCUUGAAAACCAUCUGUGUUGCCCUUGCAACAAUAUGCAAGAGCCACACCUAGAAACAUUGCUGAUUGUGUCAGAAGGACAGGCUUCGCAAAAAAUGUUUGGGUCACGGGAAUACAGUGCCCUUGUCACCUUCUCCACUCUAACGUUCAUACUCUAACUGAGUGCUACACCCCUUCCUCACUGACCCCUUGACUGCAAGUUUAGGAGGAGGAAAAAGGAAGCUUACAGCUGCCCCAGUGCAACAGGCACAAUCUAUUUCCCCUCCUUUUUGGGUUGCUUGUGGAUGGGCCAAUGGUUAUCAUGCCCCAGAAAUUCUCCAGACGCCUGAGGCACAAAAUAAAUAUUGCUCUCCCCACAUAUAGGCCAUAGGAAAACAUGUGCUCACACUGAUGAGUGCACAUGAAGAGUGCAGUGUUGGAAUACAGCUACUCUUGUGCAGACCUGGUGCGUUUAGCAUUUGCACUGCUUGUUCCUGGGGCAGCAUCGGAUCAGGACUCAGCAGAUGCCGAAAUGGAGGAUUAACAGAGACUCAGUGAAAGAAUAAGCGGGCUGCUUAACAGAUGCCACCUGGUCCCUGAGAUGGAAGUGCCGAGCAUCAAAGACUUUCAAUGGAAAACUCUGGCGCCUCUGCCCAGCCCAAGAGUCUAUUGCUCCCUGGUGGAGGCUGGCGGGCAGAUCUUUGCCAUCGGGGGCUGUGACGACAAUGGUGUCCCCAUGGACUGUUUUGAGGUGUAUUCCCCUGAAGCCAAUCAGUGGAAUUCCCUCCCUCCUAUGCCAACAGCCAGAGCUGGUGUAGCUGUGGCUACGCUGGGCAAGAGAAUAAUGGUUAUUGGAGGCGUCGGAGCCAAUCAGAUGCCCUUGAAGAUUGUGGAGAUGUACAACAUAGACGAGGGCAAGUGGAAGAAAAGAAGCUCAUUGAGGGAAGCCUCCAUGGGGAUCUCUGUGACUGUGAAAGACUACCGGAUCUAUGCUGCCGGUGGCAUGGGAGCAGACUUGCGCCCUCACAACUACAUGCAGCACUACGACAUGCUAAAGGACAUUUGGGUAUCGCUGGCAACUAUGCCCACACCCAGGUAUGCUGCCACCUCCUUCCUGCGAGGCACCAAGAUCUACGUGCUGGGUGGAAGGCAAUCCAAAUAUGCUGUGAAUGCUUUUGAAGUCUUUGACACCGAGACCAGAUCAUGGACCAAAUUUCCCAACAUCCCCAGCAAAAGGGCUUUCUCCAGCUUUGUGUGCACAGAGAACAACAUCUUCAGCCUUGGGGGGUUGCGGCAGGGCCGGUUAUAUCGUCAGCCCAAGUUCAUGAAGAAUGUGGACAUCUUUGACAUUGAACAAGGGGGUUGGACAAAGAUCGAGCGCUCAUCCUUUCUGAAGAAACGGCGGGCAGAUUUUGUAUCUGGAUACUUGAAAGGAAGGAUCAUUGUCGCAGGAGGACUUGGAAACCAACCAACUGUUCUGGAAUCAGCUGAGGCCUUCCAUCCUGGAAAAAAUAAAUGGGAGAGCCUACCACCUAUGCCCACCCCACGAUGUGCCUGUUCCAACAUUGUGGUAAAGAAUUGUCUUCUGGCAGUGGGUGGAGUGAAUCAGGGCUUGAGUGAUGUGGUGGAAGCACUAUGUGUCUCUGACUCCUAGUUCACCUGUCGCCAGAUGCUCCAGACACAAAAGAUCCUACACCCAACACCUGAGAAACUGGCCACUCUGCAGUGUUUGGCCAGCACUACAGUAGGAAGAGUUGGUGCCUUCCCUACACUAUCUCUCCUGCUCUGCUCCUUUUCUGUUAUUCCCUUCACUGUGUACUUAGGAGAAGGUAGCCUCUUGCCUUUUGUAGCUACAUGGUUUUGUGGCUCUGCUAUCUUGCAGAAGCUCUUCCUUGUGACAAGGUCACCUUUGCAAGUGCUGUUGAGUUCCACCACCUGGCACAGCAUCACCUCACCCUGUCAACCCUGAAUGGCAGAGGAACAUGCCAGAGUUACCACUAAGCAAAGUUUUCCAAAGGAGGUGAGAUGUUUUCAACCAAGCAUCAGGAAGAGCAUCAUCUCUGAACUGUGAGGCAGUUUUGUCUUCCUCUGAAAUAUGAUGUUCUAGAUAGAUAAGAAGAGUCUCUGCUAAGUUCUUCCAAGUGUUCAUCAUGGACUGAGAAUGGACUCAUACAUGAGAAUAGACUCAUACAGAGCUAUAGCUUGCAUGCUCCAGUGUUCUUUCAAGCCCUGCCAUGAAGCCUUAGUUUCUUCUGGGGGAAUCCUAUAAUGGUGCAUAGUUUCAAAGGUUCUUAGCUGUGACAUUAGUUUUUUCGGCAUGCUAGGCUCAAAGCAUCUUGACUGAAUUUCCUAACCAUGAAGCUAGAUGAAUGGUGAACAUUCUUAUCUCUGAGAGAGCACCGAAUUUGAAGCCUUGACUGACAGUCUGUGCAGUUAGAGAUAUGUGUUGCUUCUGCAAGAUGGCUGAAGACUAAAAGACUGUAGCUAGAAAUCAAUUUAUGCAGGAGAAUGCCUUUGCUCCAUGAACCAAGAUUUCUGAUUCUGCAGUGCACAUGCACAUGCACACUCACACAUGUUCCAAGUUAUUACCCAGUGUAUUGCACACAAGGGAACAUUUGCACAACCCAGAUCAAGCUUGAUACAGCCAGUGAAUGUGUAGCAGGAAUGUUAUGGGUUCAACUCAUAAUAUUUUUGUAUAGCCCAUGGCAACAAGAAAGCUUGAGUACAGUUUUCCCUGCUGUUUUUAUUGUAUUUCAUUUACUGUUUCCAUCUUUACUUCGGCCUGAAGCUUGACAUUGUCUGUGUCAUUCAAGUGAUGUAUGAUAGAUCAGUUGCACUCCUGGUUAGUAAUUAGCAAGUAGCCCAAUUAAAAUAUGUUUGUAUAAGG